AUGUCAACGCUCCGACGCCGCAUCGUCAAUAUCCUCAGGGACUCGCCAACUCCAUCCCCAGACCAGAGUCGCGAUGGCACCCCGGAUCCCAAUGAAGAGGUCAGCGUGGUGCCAACGAAGAAGCUGGAAAAGCUCACAAAGAGGAGACAUAGCAAGAGAAGAUCCGGCCUCACGUUUGGGCUCGGCGGUGUCUUGGGACUAAUGCUGGCACUACUAUUGGCGCAGUCACAGGAUAUUGUCAAGCUCGAGGGUUUAUUGGAAGUCAACCUCGACAGCCUACUGGAUGCUAUUCCGGCGGGCAUCGUCAAUGAUGUCAAAGACCUCUCAAGGGCAGAGCGGGAUGUGGUGAACUACGACUCUUUCUCUGUCGGCCUUCAUCUACAGGCCCAAGGGAUCCAAGCCCACCAUCCCGUCAUUAUGGUUCCGGGAGUGAUCUCGACAGGUUUGGAGUCCUGGUCUACUGCCGAGAAGUCAAGGCCGUACUUUCGAAAGCGCCUGUGGGGCAGUUGGUCAAUGAUAAGGGCUCUAAUAAUGGACCAGGCGCUUUGGAAGAAGCACAUUAUGCUGGACAAAGAGACAGGACUCGAUCCACCGGACAUCAAGCUACGGGCCGCGCAAGGGUUCGAUGCCACCGACUUUUUCAUUACUGGGUACUGGAUAUGGAACAAGAUCUUGGAGAAUCUUGCAACAAUUGGGUAUGAUUCGACACUAAUGUCCACAGCGGCUUACGACUGGCGCCUCUCAUAUGGGAACCUGGAAGUUCGAGACCAGUAUUUCACUCGGCUCAAGAAUUACAUUGAGCUGGCGCAUCUGACCAGCGGUGAGAAGGUUGUCCUUAUCUCACAUUCGAUGGGCAGUCAAGUGCUCUUCUAUUUUAUGAAGUGGGUGGAGCACAAAGACCACGGUAAGGGUGGUUCCAACUGGGUGAACGCGCACAUUGACUCGUGGAUCAACAUUUCGGGAUGCAUGCUGGGCACCGCAAAAGAUAUACCGGCCGUACUGUCAGGCGAAAUGAAGGACACCGCCCAGCUAAAUUCAUUUGCGGUAUAUGGCUUGGAGAGGUUCCUGUCCAAAGAAGACCGCGCCGAGAUCUUCCGCGCCAUGCCAGGUAUAUCUUCUAUGCUGCCUAAAGGUGGUGAGGCCGUGUGGGGGAAUAGCACGUGGGCACCAGACGACUUACCACCUCCUUUACAGAACAAGACUCAUGGCAGUUUUAUCUCCUUCAGACCGAAAGGCAACUCCACCCAGGCUAUGCGUCCAAAUCUCACCAUGAAUGAUGCAUUCGAUCAUCUAAUGAACGUCUCGGAGCCGUGGUACGUGGAAACGGUCAAGCACUCCUACUCUCACGGCGUGGCACACACCAAACAAGAGGUCGAACGGAACGAACAUCGACCAAUGACCUGGCUGAAUCCGCUUGAGGCCCGUCUUCCUCAUGCCCCCGACUUGAAGAUCUACUGCUUCUAUGGCAUUGGCAAACCAACCGAACGGUCAUAUUUCUACAGAGAGAAAGAAUUCUCGCUCACUGGCUAUAUCAACAUCUCCAUCGACACCAGCGUGACCACUCCAAAUGGCCGCUUCCAGGAUCCGGGUAGCAUCGAUCAUGGAGUCGCAAUGGGUGAGGGUGACGGCACAGUCAAUCUGAUUUCAACGGGGUACAUGUGCGCAAAGGGCUGGCGGAAGAUUAAGCGCUACAACCCGUCAAACAUCAAGAUCACAACUUUUGAGAUGCCACAUGAACCUGACAGGUUCAGUCCUCGUGGCGGGCCGAAUACAGGCGAUCAUGUCGACAUAUUGGGCCGGAGUUCCUUGAACGAUCUGAUCCUGAGGGUUGCAGGCGGCAAGGGCGCUCAGAUCGAGGAUAACUACGAGAGUCGAAUUUGGGAGAUCAGCGACAAGGUUCAAAUUUACAGUGAGGAAUGA